AUGGUCCUUUUAAAAGCCCAUCAUAUAUCUAUUGCUCAAGGCGACUCCAUCCGAAUAUUUACGCUUGAUCCCGGAAGACACGGUGAUGAGCUCUGCGGUACACUACAUACGCACCCAAUCAAAGCAACCCCUCAGUAUGAAGCUCUGAGCUAUGUGUGGGGACCUCCGGAUCGAAUCAAGGCAAUCAAGUGCAACGGUCAAGACUUGAACAUCACAGACGGUCUUGACACAGCCCUAAGACGCCUCAGACUCCCCGGAGAGCCACGGCACAUAUGGAUCGAUCAGAUUUGCAUAGACCAAGACUCCAUAGCAGAGAGAUCAGAGCAAGUCAGCAUCAUGAGGCAUAUCUACUCCAAUGCAGAACUAGUUAAUGCAUGGCUUGGCCCUGCUGAUCCAGAUGCAGCAGCCUCCGCAGCUGGAAUCAUCUCAACUCUGGCAAAUCCGAAGCCUCUUCUUUAUGAUAAAGAUGUCUUCCCUGAGGACCACGAACUGCUCGAGCUGGGCCUGCCAACACGAGAUUCACCUGCCUGGGACGCCUUGAACGCAAUGCUUAGGGCGCCGUACUUUUCAAGAGUCUGGAUCAUACAAGAAGUCGCAGUCGCCUCCGAUUUCGCGCUGCUUUGGGGAGACAUCACCAUCUCCAAACGCGACUUCAUAAAUUUCAGAUUAGCCGCUCUCUACUAUAAACUCUCCGACGUGGACGUUGAAAAAGGCUCACCAGGCGUGUUGUGGAACCCGGUCGCCCUGUUGUACAUGGGGCACUAUAAAGUAGGGGAGGACAGUCUCCUGCAUCUGGUCUCGUCGACAUCGUCAUCCACCGCAACAGACGUGCGUGACAAGAUCUUUGCAUUAAUAGGACUCGCUGGCGAUCGAGCCUACGACAUUGUGCCAGACUAUAGUAGGAGUGAGACAGAGGUCUUUUCAGAUUUUGCUCGUUCGGUGGUAGUGGCGGAAGAUAAUUUGAAUAUUCUCGAUCAUUCAUAUGUGGAAGAUCCUGAGGACCUAGAACGCCAUCCUCUUUGGGCACCGAGAUGGCACUAUGAUGACGAUUCACAUAAGCACUAUUUGCUCAACUACCAUUUCACUGCUUCACGAGACGUACCGAUGGUGUUAGUUCCAUCAAGGAACGAAAAGGUACUGAGUCUGAGAGGUAUCCAGGCCGAUUCAGUCAGAGACAUGUGUGAUAGAGGAACCGACAUCCGCCAAGACAUUCCCGCUGUCGUUGACAUGAUCACACAUAACAAGGAAGUGUUUAACAAAAGAUACGGCUUAAAUAUCAUCCGAACGAUCCUCCUGACACUGAUGGCCGGCCAUGAGAGCUCUGGCCCUAUGAUCAACCACGUCACAACCCGUCCAACCGACGACGGAUACAUCAAUAAUUUCAUAUCCUUUGCCCUGCAAUUCAUGAUCCAUUCUCACAUCUCCCAAGACGGCAGAGAACCCGAGCAGAGGAGAUACCUCGAGCUCGUGAGGCUCGCCGCAAAAGCUAUUUCUCUGCCGGUAGAGCCAUGCUGGACAUCGCCCGAGGAUUUCGAAUUCUUGAAAAGAAUGCUCGACACUCUUUAUUCCCAUGAUCCCUCAGUCGUAGCGGCUGAUUUGGAUAUGCUGAGCAGGAUCGACUUCGAUUUUGUCAUGGGGCCGCAGCGGUUUGAAGAGUUGAUUGAGGCUUCUCAUGACAGCAAGAUAUUUCUUACAGGCACGGGUUAUAUCGGUUUCGGACCGCGUUGUAUGAGGCCUGGGGAUGUUGUUUGUGUUCUGUUUGGAGGCGGAACACCAUAUGUCAUACGGCCAACGACUGCAGAUAAGUAUUUGUUUCUUGGGGCAGCUUACGUACAUGAGCUUAUGGACGGCGAGGCUAUUGAUGCUUGGGAGAAAGACAAGCGGAGUGAAAACCAAGAGAUUCAGGAGAAGCUAUUCAAACUCUUGUAA